GAAUAGACGCAACUCUGAUUCGAAAUAUUAAUCUCGACGCAUGUAGGCCUAUUCAUACAGUAUGUCAUCGAAAACGAAAUUCUGGAAAGUUUGUAGGCAUAAACGUUACUUUUGUUUUCGCGCCUCGUAUAGGCUAGAAGUGAUAUGAAACCCUGGCAUCCAUGAUCAUCACGAAAAGAAUAAAUUCUUGAUUAUCUGUGGACCCUGGACAUACUGGAAGUGGAAUGAUUUUGCGCACUAUAACAUCAUGAUAAUGAGGACGAUACCUUAGGAAAUUUAUCAGGAUGGUCACGAGGAACAUCGGAAGGAAAGAACACUGAUCUGGCCUAUGAGGCUAGGUCUACACAGCCUGCUAAAAUAGAUAAUUUUCCCUGAACAUGAAUGUGUUCGUGCAUUCCUCUUUAACUUUUGCUUUGUUUUGUUUUAGCUGGGUAUGCAGGCCUGUAUAGAAUGACAUAGUAAUGUUCGCGACCAGUUCCUGAUAUGUCACUUGCUAGACAACAGUAUCAUCGAAAGAUCGAGAACUUCUUUGUCUAUUUUCUUUCUGCUACUCGCUGAGGGAAUCUAAGAGUAAAAGCACAAGCAGAAGAAAAGUGUCCGUGGGGUUUAUGGGGAUAUGAUGGACGAAUCUUAACAAUACCGAAGCAUAUGUUCCAGUGACAUUAUCGAAGUGUUGCUUGCCAAUCAUGGUUGUUUAGGCCCUAUAUAUUAUGCUUAGACCAUAAAUAUUCUCUGUACUUUUCUGCUGAAUUAUGAAGAGAGAUUCCCUUGGAAGGGGUGCACGUGCUUAAACAAUUCUGGAUCAGGAACUCAACUCUAUCCUGUUGCCAAGUGGAACCAGUUGAUACCUGAAGAAAGUAUUUGCUUGUUUGCGAUGAAUUACAGAUCUCAGGAGUCAAAAGGAUAAGUUAUGUUUAGCUGUAGCUCGUUUUGGUCAAUAUGCCUUUUCUGAUCUGAACUAUUAAUUAAGAGGAAAGCUUAGUGUGGUCACCUCUGGCAAGGGGAGAAAUGGUUGUAAAAAAUCCGAUACUAAGAAAUAAAUACACCAGAUAACGUAUUAUAAAUGUACAACCAUCAUGACAUCUUCGCGAGAAUCUCGACGUAGGCCCAAAGGUCGAGGUGUGCCAGCAGGUCGCGGACCGUACGAUGUCGGCUGUGGAGACGUCAUGACGGACAUCGUAGAACCAAGUAUACUCCUGAGAUUAUUUUAUCCGAUCGACCGCCUCGAAAAUGGGAUUCCAAUGGAGCAACGCCCUUCCUGGUUGCCUAGCGACCAUUAUGCCCAUGGGUUCGCCAAUAUUGGUGGGGUCAAGUGCUUAGGAACGAGGAUUAAGAAGCUGCUAGAAAAUAUCAAGCUACCUGUCUGUUGGCACGGUAAACUGAGUGAAUCCAAGACCAAGUAUCCAGUUAUCAUAUUUAGCCAUGGACUUGGUGGAUGUAGAACAUUGUACACCAGCAUAUGUAUGGAUAUCGCCUCUUGUGGAUGCAUAGUGGCAGCGGUAGAACACAGAGAACACUCUGCCUGUCAUUCGUUCUUUUUGACUGAAUCUAGCAAAGAUAAAACAAUCUCAACCAAUGGUAAUCAGCAGCAAUCAACGCCGAACUACCAGGCGGUAGACUUCAUAAAAGCACCGUAUGAAGUCGAUGAUCUAAGACUAAAACAGAUCACCCAAAGACGGGACGAGUGCAUCGCAAGCCUCAACUUUCUUGAAGUUCUUGAUGACGGCUUCAACUACCAAAGCGACGCCGAUCGGGAUUUUGAUUUGCUGCAAUUCAAGGGGCGGUUAGAUUUAUCAUCUGCAGCAAUUUGUGGUCAUUCGUACGGAGGUGCUACAACGAUUGCUACACUUAGCCAUGAUGAAAGAUUCAAAUGUGGAGUCGCCUGUGACCCAUGGGGCUAUCCUCUUUCUCUUGAUACGAGCUUCCGGUGCGUGGAUCAACCAAUGCUCUUCAUCAACACAGAGAAGUUUCAGUUCAAAGACAAUAUCGAACAUCUCCUCUGUUUGAUGCCGGAUCCGAUGGCGACGUCGGGACCGAGGCAGAUGAUCACGAUAAGAGGAAUGGAUCAUCAAUGCCAAACUGACCUGGGAUUCGUCUUCCCUCCUUUCAUCGCGAAGAUUCUCAAGAUGCGAGACAAACUGCAUCCUAGGGUCGCCAUAGAAACCAACAACGACGCCAUGAUCGAAUUCCUCUCAAAGUACAUCAGUUUAGAAAGAGGAUCUGGGAUGACGUCAUUCGAUGCGAUGUCAAACCCACUCAUCAUGCCCGGGCACAAUGUUAGGAUGGCACCACCGUGGUGGAAGAAAUUUGGCGAGAAGAAAAACAAGAAGAAAGUCGCGCCAACGCCAUCAACAGAAAAUACUCCUUAACAAUUAGAAAUUUUUAUGACAUAAACAGUAACAUACAACCUCAGGAAUAAUGGAUUUAUUUAUCUUUGCCACCAGCCAGGACCACGUUGCAUAAAUUAAAAUUACUUAAGAUCGAUCUGAAAGCCGAAUCUUUUUGGACCAAAGAAGUACAUCUCUUAAUCUGUGAUAAAAUUUCGAGUAGAAGACGUAAUAACUCGAUUUUGUAUUUUCUGGUCUAUAACAAAUGCUCCAACUUCGGCGAUUAUUCGAUACAUGGAAAGUUGACUUAUACGCAGAUUAUAUGGUAUCAUUGGUUAUAAGUGGAACUUAAAAUGUAUUAAAUGACAUGUAUUAUGAUCGGCUGUGUUGAGCAAUCUUUUGUUACCAUGAUAGUAGUAAACAUUAGAUGGAAAAUAUAGCCAGGCCUACCAUAAUUGUAACUUUAUACAGUAGGGUCCAGGUCGGACAUUAGGCAAAGCAUGUUUGAACUUUCUAUAACCUUAUUCAACUUGAUAUCAGAUGAUAUUGACCUUUGAUAUCAGGAAGCAUAAAUUCUUAAGAAAAAAAACCUGAAGGAGUUUCUUUUUUUUGAAACUCACUAAUACUAAGCCCGAUAAUACUGCUUAGUGUGGCUUCUCUUUUUGUGUAUAUCCAUUGUAAAGUAAUUCAAUGUAUUGAUUUUUUAAAUUCAAAGUAACUUAAUCAGGUGCUGCGGAAGCGGGGGGCUUCAGCCCCCCCCCCACU